CUUCCAUCAACACCACACAUCUCACCGUGGCAUCAAUCCAAGUACUCGAAGAACCUCCCAUCAACCUCUUCAAUCAACCACACACUCUACCCAUCAUGUCUCUCCACUAUCUCCCACCCGUUAAGCCAUCCGCCAUUGCGCUCGGCACCAUCUUCAACCACGCUGCGUCGCUCGCAGUUCUCGGCCCAGUCUUCGGUGACACCUACCACCGCGCCCAAGCUGCCAACUCAAAGGAGGAGUUUGUCAAGUCAAAGGAGGCCGCCUCUGCCGCUGCUGCUUACGGAACUUCCCUCGUUGGUAGCGCCAUCCAGUCAUAUGGUGUUGGUGCUUUGAUCAACGCUACUGGUACUCUCUCUUACAAGGGAGCUGCCUACUUGGGAUCUUUGAUCUUCUUCGCCAGCUCUGCCCCAUCGUUCAUUGCACAAAUCUUCACUGAGAAGCGUCCUCUUGAUACCGUUGCCGUUGGUGCCGUCGCCCGCAGUAAGUUCCCUCGAAUGGACCUGUGACGAAAGAGCUUAUCGGCUGACAAAACCCUUCUUAGUUUUUGAGACAGUUGGUCUCUCCCUCUUCUUAACCUGGUGGGGAACUCGCACCAACCCAUUUGAGUAAAUGCAAAAUAUUCGUUGGUUCGGGAUGUAGGAAGGAUGGCGAACGGGAAGGAAGGAUAGAAGGGUAGUCAUAAUCGACUGUGUAUCAACUCAACUCCAAUCAGGCAGUGCUUAGCGGUGUGCUUUUCACUUGCCUUGGACAGCAAUGGUUUAUGAAUAAUCUUUGAAGCAU